UUUUCUGCUUUUUACUCAAAGCGCAACUUCCACAACCAGACCCAGGAUGGAUUUCACUGCUGCUCCUUCCAACUUCUCCUCACCGGAGCAUCUUCUUUCUUCCGUAUGGAUCUCCAGAGGUCUCAUCCCCGCCGUGGUGUUGUCCAUCUGUCUGAUGCUGGGCGUUCCUGGAAACAUUGCUGUGAUUCUUCUCAAGCCUAACUGGAAGAAGAUGUCCAGCCUGAGCCGGAGCUUGAUGCUGAACUUGGCCAUUUCUGACCUCAUCUGCUUGCUGACCCUUCCGCCUUGGAUUUACAAUUUACUCCACAGUUGGAUAUUCGGUGUGUUGAGCUGUAAGCUUCUGUCAGGCAUUGUGUACUGCAGUGUUUAUGGCAGCCAGCUCACUGUGACUGCAGUUAGCGUCCAGCGCUACCUUGUGGUGGUCCACCGUAUAGACUGCAAACGGGUACCAAAAAGAGUGCUGCUGGGUCUGCUCUGGCUGGUUGCUCUCCUCCUGUCCGUCCCUACUUUUGUGGUUCGACAGGUGAAGACAGAUCCAAUACUGAAACGUUGCAAACCGGAUUAUUCUACCGAUGCCAGGAGGGUAGCACUUCUGCUGUCAGAGGCCACGGUGGGGUUUGCUUCCUUAUCUCUGGUUGCCUUUACAUACAUUAGUCUCCAAAGGAAAGUUACUCAUGGAGCCCUUUUUAAAAAUCGACAAACAACCCGACUGGUUACCUGUAUCAUCGUCUGCUUCUUUGUCCUGUGGGUUCCGUAUCAUGUCAUAAAUCUGCUGGGUGUGGCAGCUAUUUGCCUCCAGAACGACAUCCUGUUGAAAUUUUGCAGAACUGCAUGGAACGUUACUGGAGCGCUAUCAUUUGUAAAUAGUUGCAUCAAUCCACUCCUCUACGCCUUUACCUCCGAAAAGGUUUGCACUGUUUGCCGGAAGGACCCAGAGCAGCAGAACUCCAGAAAUCUCCGAACAGCAGAUAUGAGUUCGACUUCUGAGCCUUGAACAGAAAAGGCAAAAAAAUGAGUUGUUGAGGAAUACAUUUGAGCUGGACUUGAUCAUCUAGAGCUUUCAUCCGUCUCGUCGCCGACG